AUGUCCUGCGGAGAAAGGCUUAGGGGUGGGAGAAACCAGCCCCCCACCAGGGUGGUAUCCGGGCAGAUCCUCAGCGGCAUCUUCUUGAAGCGGGAAAUUCUUCAUCGUCGUGUCGAGAAGGAGUUGGAACUGCCAAACAAAGAAAUGCAAGGCUGUGUAUGGGCGAGGAAAAAAAAAGGAGGAUUCAGAUCCCUUCCAAACACACCACUUGACGACCAGAUCUCCGCAUUAGAAGCUGCCGGGUCUGGACUCCUCCACGCUUGCCCUGAAAGUCUACCAGUAUGA